GCGACUGUAUUGUGACUGAGGGCUACUGUGUGAACACCAGGCGGGGAGGGGGGUUAAUUGCCUUAAAAAAGGAAAAAAAAUAAUAAACAAACAAUUAAAAAAAAAACCCCAUACACACACACACGAAAAACAAUACUACCCCUUCCCCGAUCGGGUGCACACAUUCGGAAUCCACGUUUUCUUCCUUAAAUAUAGCAUUUAUUAAUUUAUUCUUAUGUUUUCCUAGUGGAUGUUUUACCCUAACACUCCGGGAGGCAGAAAUGGCGGCCAACAUGUACCGGGUCGGAGAUUACGUCUUUUUCGAGAACUCCUCCAGUAACCCUUACCUGAUCCGGAGAAUAGAAGAGCUCAACAAGACGGCGAGCGGCAACGUGGAGGCCAAGGUGGUGUGCUUCUACAGGAGGAGGGACAUCUCGCACAGCCUCAUCCAGCUGGCGGACAAACAUGCAAAGGAACUGGAGGAGGAGAAGGAGAACCCCACAGAGACUGACCUCACAGACAAACAGAAGCACCAGCUUCGCCACAGAGAACUCUUCCUCUCACGUCAGUACGAGAGCUUACCCGCCACCCACAUCAGGGGGAAGUGCUGCGUGGCGUUACUGAAUGAGACUGAAGCGGUUCUUUCAUACCUCGACAAGGAGGACACCUUCUUCUACUCGCUGGUUUAUGACCCGACGCAGAAGACCCUACUGGCCGACAAAGGGGAGAUCCGAGUGGGGCCACGCUUCCAGGCCGACGUGCCGGAAAUGCUCUUGGAGGCGGGUCAAGGAGACGACAGGGACCAGGCCAAACUGGAAGAGAAACUCUGGGAUCCCGAGUGUCCGCUCACUAACAAACAGAUCGACCAGUUUCUCGUGGUGGCGAGGGCGGUCGGCACUUUCGCCCGGGCGCUAGACUGCAGCAGCUCGGUCCGACAGCCAAGUUUACACAUGAGCGCGGCAGCAGCGUCGCGCGACAUUACACUGUUUCACGCAAUGGACACCCUGCACGCGCACAACUACGACCUGUCGAGCGCGCUGAGCGUGCUGGUGCCGGCGGGCGGCCCCGUCCUCUGCCGGGACGAGAUGGAGGAGUGGAGCGCCUCGGAAGCAGCCAUGUUUGAGGAGGCGCUGGAAAAGUACGGCAAGGACUUCAACGACAUCCGACAAGACUUUCUUCCUUGGAAAUCUCUGACCAGCAUCAUAGAGUAUUACUACAUGUGGAAGACCACGGACAGAUACGUACAACAGAAGAGGCUGAAGGCGGCUGAGGCCGAGAGCAAACUGAAGCAAGUUUAUAUUCCCACAUACAAUAAGCCCAACCCCAACCAGAUCUCGCUGACCAACGGCAAGAUGGCGACCGUGAAUGGCGCGGGGCCCGGAGCCUUCCACGCGGCGGGCGGGGGUCGCGCCUGCGAAAGCUGCUAUACCAUGCAGUCGGCCCAGUGGUACUCGUGGGGACCCCCCAACAUGCAGUGCCGCCUGUGCGUGUCCUGCUGGAUGUACUGGAAGAAGUACGGCGGCCUGAAGAUGCCCAGCCGGGCCGAGGCGCCCGAGGAGAGGACCUCCCCCAGCCCGGCCGCCAACGAGCCCCGGUCGCGGAGUCACGCCCCGCGCCAGUCCAACCACAUUCCCAUGCGCAACAGCGGCAGCCCCAAGUCGUCCAUGAAGACCAAGCAGGCCUUCCUGCUGCAGGCCACCCGCCUCACCAAGCUGGCGCGCCACAUGUGCCGCGACGUCAUCAGGCUGCGCCGCGCCGCGCGCCGCCCGUUUGUCCCCAUUAACUGCGGCGCCAUAAAGGCAGAGUAUGUCUCGAGGGUGUCUGAAGGUCACGGAACCCGCCUGCCCAAAAUCCGAGCGGCGCAGCGCAGCACCCUGACCAGCGUGGUGCAGUUUCUAGAGUCCCGUCCGGCGUCCCGCCCCCGUUCCCACCGCACGGCCGGCCUGCAAACCCCGCCGCCCCGGCGCCUCCUGUCCUCGCUGCCGCACGGGCCCCAUGGCAUGCUGGGAAAGCGAAGCUUUCACCACCACAGCAGAGGAGCGGACCCGGACAAGCGCUCGGAGAAUCCCGGAACCACAGGUGGCGCUCUACUGCACAAUGGCCGCAGCAGCAGCGGCGGAAGCACCCGCGGCGGCGUGAUGAUCCGAAAGAGGCGCCCCAACUGGAUCGACGCCCCGGACGACAGCUUCUUCCUCGUCACCCGGGAGACCAGGAGGGCGAGGCGGCUGCUGUCGCGCUCGCAGCUCCGGCACGCGUGUCGGCAGCCCUGCGAGCAGAUCACCCUGCGGCGGGCCACCCAGGCGCCCCCGCCGCAGGGGUUGGUCCUGGGGCCGCCGCACCCGCACCCCAGCCUGAGGAUGCGGGGCCCCAUCGUCAUCCACGACUGACGGACACCUUUCUUCUUCUCCCUUCUCUUUUCCUCUCCUGACAUCAAGACGCGUUUAGUCCUCGAUAGCCGUGAGCCACCGCGCAAUAUAUUUAAAAAAAAAAAAAAAAACAUACAACAACUUCUUUUGAAAGCAAAAAUGCUCACAAAAUACAGGAUAAGAGUUUAAUUAUUGCAUUUUUUUUUUCAAUACAGCUGAUAAAACUUCGGACGAAAAAGGUUUCGGACCCCUGACUUAACAAACAGGAAUUGCAAUCUCAUCAUUUAAAUUUGGAAUAUGGAAAUAUAAAUUUGUUUUUUGAGGGGGUACGGUAAUCCAGUAUGAUUCAAGAGUGUUGCACAAAAAAAAAAAAUCAAUUUUACCGGAUAUAUGGCCGAGUGACUUAUACAUCAACGCGUGUGUGUUGUCGAGAUUAAUGCAUUUUUUUUUAAUUAUUAAUGGACAUGAACGUUUUGUGUUGAGUGUGACUCGUGACGUCUGUUUAUAAUGUUUUUUUUUUUUUGGUGGGGGGGGUUAAGAAGAGGGCUAAAAAGAGUUAUUAAAAGGGUUGGUUUGUUUUUUAUAAGUCAAUUAAAUCUCCACAUAAGUCCCAUCCUCAGGCACGUCAUUUUUAAAUAGUAUAUGACAUACGACAAAAUCACCACUGGCAUUAUUAUUAUUAUUAAGUGUCCAUCGCUUACAUUUUAAAAAAAAAACUUGAAAAAAAUGCACUUUCAAAAAAACUAAUCCAGAUAAGAUUUUUGUUAUUUUUCUAAUCAAACAAAAAAAAUGGGAGAAAAGCAUCAAUAAAUAGGAACGCUACAAGCUUGGCACACAAAAGUAUUAAAUGAGCGAAGCGCUAAAAAUCAUGCAGCGAGAACAGUGGUCUCAAUCAUGCGGCCCGCGGGCCAUAUGUGGCCCGCGAGAUGAUCAUUUCAAAGUAAAAUGGUAGAGUUUGAGUUUUAUAUGGAUGGCACUUUUACUGUGUUGUGUGCAUUUACAAACAUCUGGAAAGAAAACUGCUAACAGCCCCGAAACGUACGGCUCGGCCUGCAACACUUAUUAUCAUUUUUUUCUAUUUUUUAUGAGGGGAAAAAAAAAAAUCAGGCAUGUGUUUGAGGUGUGACUGCGAGGGUCCUGUGGUUUCUUCAUUGGGAAUGU